AUGACGCGGAAACAUGGCUAUACUUAUCUGCCCCGAGUCCGCCGUGGAUGCCGAAGCCAAAGUCGCAAAUCUAGUUCGGCGAUGCAACUUUUGGCCGAGGACGGAAAAGAAUCCGCCAUGUCUGUUGGAUUCAUGCCUAAUCGAUAUAAAAACAAACCAAACCACCAAGCUAAUCCUGGUCUUCCUCUCCAAUUCACGUUCCGGAACCUAGUCACCAUGGACCCCGACCCCGAAAAGUCCCUCCCGCAAACGGGGACAGCAACCCCAAACUCAACCUCACCACUCCAACAAAAACUCGGCUCGUCCCCCGCUCACUCCGCACCCCAAUCAUCUGGCUACUCCCUGCCCCGAUGGCGCAAAUCCAUAAUCCUCUUCACCGUAAGCUGGAUGGCCCUCGCCGUGACCUUCAGCAGCACAUCGCUUCUCCCCGCAACCCCCGAAAUCGCCUCGGAGUUCCACACAACGCCGGAGAUCCUGAAUGUCAUGAACGCCGGCGUGCUGCUCGCCAUGGGAUUCUCGACGUUAAUUUGGGGGCCGCUGCGGGUGCUUUUGGGCCGGCGGCUCAGCUAUAACAUUGCUGUGGGCGUGUUGGUUGUUUGUUCCGUGUGUACUGGUGCAGCCCAGAAUAUGGCUAUGUUUACCGUCUUUCGUGUGCUCGGCGGGUUGACGGGGACGAGCUUUAUGGUUAUGGGGCAGACGGUGCUAGCUGAUAUUUUUGAGCCGGUAGUUAGAGGAACAGCAGUGGGAUUUUUCAUGCUAGGGACUGUCGCCGGUCCUGCUAUUGGACCCUGCAUUGGCGGCGUGAUUGUUACUUUCGCAAGCUGGCGCAACAUCUACUGGCUACAAACCGCCAUGGCAGGUCUCGGCCUGAUCCUCUCUCUCCUCUUCGUCCCCGAGAUCGAAGAAGAAUUUGACCCUGACGCUGAAAUUGACUCCGGUAGUGAGGCCGAAAAAAAGAAGAGCAAGAAGCAGAUUACCAUGCGCUAUAUACUCCACGUCUUCAAUCCACUCCCAGUCUUCAAGCUCUGGCUCUAUCCAAAUAUGUUCUUUUCCUUCCUAACCUGCGGCCUCCUCUCCACAUUCCUCUACGCCCUCCUCUCCAGCGCGCGCACAGUCUUCAACCCACGCUUCAACCUAACCUCCGCCCUCGUCUCAGGCCUCUUCUACCUUGCCCCCGGGUCGGGCUUCCUCAUCGGCUCCGUCCUCGGCGGCCGUCUGGCAGACAUGACUGUGCGCCGGUAUAUCAAGACGCGCGGGUUCCGGCUCCCGCAGGACAGGUUGAAUAGCGGGCUCGUGAUGCUCUUCCUUGUUCUGCCCGGCGCGACGCUCGUCUAUGCGUGGUCGUUGCAGGAGGAGAAGGGGGGCAUGGCGCUGCCCAUUGUUGCGGGGUUUGUGGCUGGUGUCGGGUUGAUGGGCAGCUUUAAUGGAUUAAAUACUUAUGCUGCUGAGGCUCUCCCCUCCCGUCGCAGCGAGGUUAUUAGCGGAAAGUAUAUCAUCCAGUAUACAUUCUCUGCGGGGGCGAGUGCGCUGGUCGUACCGGUGAUUGAUGAUAUUGGGGUUGGAUGGACGUUUACCAUUUCUGCAUUCAUGACGCUUACUGGGGCUGUCCUGGUCGUAAUGAUUGCGCGGUGGGGGAUUGAGAUGCAGCGGUGGGUGGAGAGGAGGAUUCCGCUUGAGAAGUGA